AACAAGCCCGGAGCAGAUGGUGCUCUGCCUUCGCUUGGCCAUCAGUGACAGACAGGCGCUCUCAGCCAAUGACCUGCUGGGGAAUCAGCUGACCGGUCCGGACAGCGCCAGGUGUUUUCAUCAUUUUUCUUCUCCAGCCAUAGGAGGAGCGAGCGGCGGCGGCGCGGAGGGAUAUCGGGGCGACACACCGGUCGGUGGUGGCUUGCAGCAGGUUGGAGCUCUCACUGCAGACAGCAGCAUGUCUCUCUCCGAGGCGCCCUGGGACUGAGCGGAUACACAAGCGACGUAUCGCUGUAAACAGCCGCCAGCUGAACCCACUAGGUUACAGGAAUAUGUGCUGUUAGAUUCUUUGACGAGACCGUUCACUUGGCACAAUAACAUUUUCCUCACUUGCUGUUGUGUAUUGACUCGUAUAUCUGGAUAAAGGAUCGUGCGCUUGGGAACAUCGAAACAAGAUUAUCCUGCAGCUCCAAGAUCCUGCCGUAAAAUUCUAUCUUUGGCUUGAACUGAUCAUUUCAGUGGACUGAAAGACCUAAUCAUUGGAAAAUCUGGUUGAUGACUGUAACACAUCCUUUCCCAAAGUCACUGGGCCAUCCUCCUGUCUCUCCCCAGUAUGGCUAGAUGGAGGUUAGAAUGCCUUCUUUUAGGCCAGGCAUUUGCUGGCUUGAUCCUGGUAUCAAUAGGGCUAUCUUUUGCUCAAAGCAACGAGUGUCCGCAGCUGUGUGUGUGUGAGAUCCGACCCUGGUUUACACCACAGUCCACCUACAGGGAAGCUAUCACUGUGGACUGCAAUGACCUUCACUUAACACGCAUUCCGGGGAACCUCUCCAGUGACACUCAGGUUCUCCUCCUACAGAGCAAUUACAUUGCCAGGACCAGUGAGGAGCUGGAGCAGCUCUUCAACCUGACUGAACUGGACUUGUCCCAGAACAAUUUCAGUAGCAUUCGGGAUGUUGGCCUCACCAAUAUGUCUCAGCUCACCACACUUCAUCUGGAGGAGAACCAGAUUACAGAAAUGCCCGAUUAUUGUCUGCAGGACCUCAGCAACCUGCAGGAGCUCUACAUCAAUCACAAUCAGAUUAACACCAUUUCCACCAAUGCCUUCUCUGGGCUCCACAACUUGCUCAGACUUCACCUCAACUCCAACAAGCUCAAGACCAUUAACAGUCAGUGGUUUGAAUCUACACCCAAUCUGGAGAUCCUCAUGAUUGGAGAGAACCCUGUUGUUGGAAUUAUGGAUUUUAACUUCAAGCCACUAGGCAACCUGAGAAGCCUGGUUCUUGCUGGGAUGGAUUUGACAGACAUUCCUGGAAAUGCCUUUGUGGGACUUGACAAUCUUGAGAGCCUUUCUUUCUAUGACAAUAAGCUGGUCCAAGUUCCUCAGAGAGCCCUUCAGAAGCUACCUAACCUCAAGUUCUUGGAUUUAAACAAAAAUCCAGUGCACAAGAUUCAGGAAGGAGAUUUCAAGAACAUGCUGAGACUGAAGGAGCUGGGUAUAAACAACAUGGUAGAGCUUGUUUCUAUUGACCGUUAUGCUUUGGACAACCUUCCUGAGCUCACUAAGCUGGAGGCUACAAACAAUCCCAGAUUCUCCUACAUUAACCGUCAGGCCUUUCGCGAUGUCCCAGCCUUGGAGAGUCUAAUGCUAAACAGCAACGCCCUGAAUGCUCUCUAUCAGUCCACAGUGGACUCCCUCCCCAACUUGCGUGAGAUCAGCAUUCACAGCAACCCUCUUCGCUGUGACUGCGUCAUCCAGUGGAUGAGUUCUAACAAAACCACUGUUCGUUUUAUGGAACCUCUGUCCAUGUUUUGUGCCAUGCCACCAGAGGCCAGGGGUAUGCAUGUGCGGGAGGUGCUGCAGAAAAACUUAGCAAACCAGUGCCUGCCUAUGAUUUCACAUGAUACCUUCCCCAGCCACCUUAAUUUGGACAUUGGCAUGAUAGUGGACUUGGACUGCAGGGCGCUGUCCCAGCCUGAGCCUGAAAUCUACUGGGUGACACCGAUGGGGAACAAGGUAAUGAUGGAUACACUGUCCGACAAGUACAGCCUUAGCAGUGAAGGCACACUGAGAAUUUCUCACGUGCAAGUAGAAGACUCUGGCAGAUAUACCUGUGUGGCUCAAAACUCAGAGGGAGCUGACACAAGAGUGACAGUUAUACGAGUGAACGGCACUCUGUUAGACAGCUCCCAGCUUAUGAAGAUCUACGUCAAACAGACAGAAUCUCACUCAAUCCUGGUCUCAUGGAAGAUCAACUCCAAUGUAAUGACCUCUAACCUGAAGUGGUCAUCUGCCACCAUGAAAAUAGACAACCCACAUAUUACUUACACUGCCAGGGUACCUGUGGAUGUCCAUGAGUACAACCUUACACAUUUACAACCAGCUACUGAGUAUGAGGUGUGCCUCACCGUCUCCAACAUCCACCAACAAACACAGAAGUCAUGUGUGAAUGUGACAACUAAGCAAGCAACCUUCACUGUGGAAAUAUCUGACCAAGGGACCAACACUGCUCUCACAGCAGUCAUGGGAACAAUGUUUGCAAUCAUCAGCCUGGCCUCUUUGGCUGUGUAUAUUGCAAAGAGAUGGAAGAGGAAAAACUAUCACCACUCUCUAAAAAAGUACAUGCAGAAAACCUCGUCAAUACCACUAAACGAGUUGUAUCCUCCUCUUAUCAACUUAUGGGAGGCGGACAGUGACAAGGAGAAGGAGGGUUCUUCUGAGACCAAACCCAGCCAGGUGGACACCACACGCAGCUAUUACAUGUGGUGAAAGCUACUAACUGUCCAGUGAGUGACAGAGACACUUUUAUUUCAGGAGCACAAAUAUACAUAUUAGCUUCUUUGUGUAAAAGUAAACUAAGUCAUUUUUUUCCUUCAUGUUUCCUUUUGAUUUCAUUGAUCCUCUCAGACUUUCUCUCUGAAGCAAAUGCUUUUUAGAUCUUUAGUUUAGCAUAAUGCUUUUUUUUUUUUAACCUCUUGCCCAUUUUGAAACAUAGUAGGGCAGCUUUGUUUAGCUUCCUGGACUUAGUAGUCACUGUGCUUUAUUUUUAGUACAUUUUGAUGAACACAGCAUGAGUAUUGUCAUGGAUUCAGUGUGUGUGUGUGACAGAGCUCUUGGAGAUUUCAACUUUUCCUUCUCUUGUAAAAGA